AUGGCUGUUGUUUUCAAAGGCCUGAGUUUCCUUGAGACCCUGAAAGAAUCCAUAGACAACAUUAAGUUAUCAGAUGUCAGGGACGCGGUGGAAGAUCUCUUGAUCAGUAGGAUCAACUUGGCUGUGGUGGGAAACCGCGGUGAUAGAAAAGACUCCUUCAUCAACUCCCUCCGUGGCCUCGGACCUGGGGAUGAGGGGGCAGCUCCUGUCAACCCCGUGGCCUCAGAGGACGUGGCAGGCUACCCUGACCCUAAACACCCUGACUUCCACCUGUGGGACCUGCUGCCUGUGCCCGACACCUCCACAUUCGAACCUGAGGGAUACAUGGAUAGAGUUAAAUUCGUCCGCUACAACGCUGUCUUCAUGGCAUUCACACACGCCCAUCCCAACAGUGUGCAGGUGUUCUUGGAAGCCCACUCACUGCAGAGACAAACGGUGUACUGGGUUCUCUUAGCUUCUGUAGGAGAUCCAGAGAAGAGCCUCGAAGAGAAGAGGAAAGCCUGUCUGGAAACACUGAGGUCACAGGGUGAUCAGACUAAAGUCUACGUGGUCAGACCCUCCACCCUGGAGAAAAUCAGGAAGUGA